CUGACCUUUGUCCCCAAUAAAUAAAUGGGCAUUAUUUAGAUAACAACUGCUCUGCUCUGCUCUGCAUUGAAGAUGACUGCUCUUAUGCAACUAGAAGGAGAUCCUGAACUGGUGCAGAGGUGCAUAAUAGAAGGCCCUCUUGAUGUGCACCCAAGCCUGAGUGCAGUGGUGGUCCACUAUGAUGUUGAAGCCAUGGUGGUGUCAGAAUAUGGAGAGCCAAUGGUUGCCGAUAGAAAAAGAUGUAACCGAGUGCUUAAAGUGAAGAACCUUAGCGAGGGUGCUGAUCUUCAUUCUCUGGCAUGUCAGAUAGUUGCAAAGUGUGACCUCAUUACUCCUAAUCGAGUGCCUGAGCUCGAGCAGAUUCUGGCAUACCUUCAGAGCAGAAAAGAUUACAAAGGAGGAAUAGAUGGUGUGGAUGUACUGCAGGACUCGUCUCAAAAGCUAAUGAAACAGGUUGGAGAUCUCCAAGAGCCUACAGAGCAAGCCACCAUGUCUGACCUAGACUCUUACCUCGAGUCUCUAUAUGACGACCUUCAAGCUAAGAUCAGUGGGACGGCUCUCAUACUACACUUAGCACGAACACCUGACAACCUAAUUGAGCUCGCUGGGAACGAGUCGUUUUUUCUUGCGUUGGCUCGUGUGCUGAGAGAUGACUGGAAGAAAAGCAUAGACCUCACCACCAACAUAGUGUACAUCUUCUUCUGUUUCUCUACCUUCACCAAUUUCCACACCAUCCUUUCAAAACAGAAGAUUGGGUCCAUGUGUAUGACAAUCCUGGAGUACGAAUUGAAGAGGCAUAAAACUUUGCUAGAAGAGCUUACCAAGAAAAAGAAGACCAAAACUUCUAAGACAGACGUUUCUAGUAGCAAGAAAGAGUACGAGAAAGGCAAGAAAAAGUACCAGAGCGUGCUCAAGAAACAGGAAACUCUGCUAAGAGUUUCACUGUACCUUCUCCUGAACUUGGCAGAGGACACUCGAGUGGAGCUUAAGAUGCGGAACAAGGGACUUCCCCUGCAGCUGUGCUCCCUACUAGAGAGGGACAACCAGGAGCUGCUCAUACUGGUUGUAUCAUUCCUCAAGAAACUCAGUAUCUUCGCUGAGAACAAAGAGGAUAUGGCUAAAGCCAUUAUCAUCAAGAAGCUGACCAAGUUGAUCCCGUGUGACAAUGAGAUUCUGGUCAACGUGACGCUUCGUCUGAUUCUAAACCUGUCCUUUGACCCCAAACUGAGGCAAGAAAUGGUGAAAGUUGGAAUCCUCCCGAAACUAGUGGCUCUUCUGAAGGAUGAUAGCCACCGUACUCUGGUGCUGUGUAUCCUCUACCACAUCAGCAUUGAGGAGAAGAACAGGCCAGUGUUUGCCUACACAGACUGUGUACCUCAGCUAAUGAAGGUGAUAGUGGAGUGUCAGGAGGAGCUGGUGGACCCGGAGACCAUUGCACUGGGCAUCAACCUGGCCUGUAGCCCUCGCAAUGCACAGUUUAUGGUGAAGGGGCCUGGACUGAAGCUGCUCAUGAGGAGAGCAUUCAAGACUCUUGAUUCCCUACUGCUCAAGAUGAUUAGAAAUAUCUCACAACAUCAGGGACCAAUCAAGAAGCUGUUUCUGCCAUUCCUGACGGAGCUGGGCAAGCUCCUCAAAGAGAGUGUGGACGAUGAGGUGUGUGUGGAGGUGUUGGGUAUACUGGGGAACCUGUUACUACCUGAGGUGGACUUUGAGAGGGUCGUCAGUCAACUAGAGCUCAUGCCAUUCAUUGUGGCUAAGCUCAAGGAUCCAAGUAUCAAGGACGAUAUACUUCUAGAAGUGAUCAACGUGUGUGGAACCUUCUCUCUGGAUGAGAAAUGUGCCCAGCUACUGAUGAAUGAAGGUCUGCCAGACCUGUUUGUGUCAAUUCUCAAAGCCAAACAGGAAGAUGAUGAGCUUGUGCUGCAGAUCGUGUACGUAUUCCACCAGUUGAUUCUUCACCAGUCCACUAGAGAGAAAACCAUCAAAGAGUCACAAGUUCCUGAGUAUCUCUUGGAGCUCAUGAAUGAUAAAAACAAGGAGAUUUGUAAAUUGUGUUCAAGAUCACUCGACAUUGUUGCUGAGUUUGACCCUGAUCGAGCGGAGAAGAUCAAACACGAGCGAUUUCGUUGGCACAACUUUCAGUGGCUUGAAAUAAUGACUGGGGAGUCUCUGCACGAAGACAGUGAAGAAGAAAUCGAUGAAGACUACCUUGACCCUCGCUACCUACACACGGCUGCUGAACUGUAUGACAACCCAGAGCUGUAUUAUGAGAUGCAGAGCCAGCUUGAGACUUCACAUGGAGGAGAUGGGUAUCAAGUUGAAAUUGGGAGGAAUUUUGACAUUGAUGAGGACGUUGACUACUCUGCUACGAGUGCUUAUAGUAGACGAGAGCCUGGAUUUGAUGAGGCUGUCGGUCAAACCCUCUCCCCAAGACAAUACUCCAUGCUAAUGAACUCAAUGCAAGAGCCUCUAUCCAUGUACACCACUACUGAUAGUAGGCAGUCUGUGAUGGAGGGACUUGAACAAGACUAUGACGCUCUGGAGAUGUACAGUAGAGGAAUGUAUGAGAUGACCAGCCCUAAAUAUGACACUAUGCCUGUCGAGGAUGACUACAGUGACCACCCUGCCUUUGCUGGACAUGACUACAGUAGUGUAGCUCCUAUCAGCAGACCUCCCACUAGAUAUGGUUUUUAGUCUCAUCAAGAGCGAUAUUAUUUAUUUGUGUCAUGGAAACAUGCAUAUACAGUUGUAUAUUAUGUUUUGCAGUUUUUAAACAAUAAACUAUCACCACACGUACAUGCAGUCAUUAUUAUUUUCCAGUUA